CCUUCUCGCAACUGUCGCUAUACCCAUCAAGUUGCACUUGUCAACACCUCCUGUCGAACGCCAACCAUAACGACACAAACCUCAUUGCAGAUUUCCUUUGUUCACCACUCACUCCGCCGGGCUGAGAUUCCAAACACUGCACACCCCACCCUUGCCACGGGCCGUGGACGACCAUCGACAGCGGUACUGUCUCUUCAAAUAUGAACAACGACAGCAUCUCGGAUUUUCUCGCGGAGCAACGAGACGCAGCUCCAGAGGAGCUUCAGCCGCUCAUCCUCAACUUCGAAGACUUCUGGGAACGCAAACUAUGGCACCAGCUCACAGAUGCCCUCGUGGAAUUCUUCAAUGACGACGGCAGUGCCCCCCAACGCCUCGCCUUCUAUAACGUCUUCAUCCUGAAGUUUGCUGAUAAGAUCAACAAACUGAAAUUGGUGAUGCUGGCGCUCAAAGCUGCGACACAAUGCAAAGACGAUCGCGAUCGCUUAGCAUUCCUGCAGUCGGUAGUAAAGAAAGUGGACACGGAGGAUUCUCAAGAUGCGCUUGUGUUUGCCUCUGUUGCAGUUGCGAGGGUGAAGCUAAGUCUUAAUGAGCUGGAAGACGCAAAACAUGAUCUCGACGCUUCGGAGAAAAUCCUGGACUCCUUCGACUCUGUUGAGUCGGUCGUCCAUGCCGCCUUCUACGAUGCCAGUGCCAAUUACUACAAGCUCAAAAUGGACUUUGCAAACUACUACCGGACCGCCAUACUUUACCUUGCCUGCAUCGAUCUUUCCACCCUUUCUGACGAGGAACGACAUCAAAGAGCUUAUUUCCUGAGCGUGGCUGCUCUAGUAUCCACGAGCAUUUAUAAUUUUGGCGAGCUGCUGCUGCAUCCCAUUCUGGAUACUCUGGGCCGGAGCGAGAGUGACGCUUGGUUGCGUGAUCUUCUCUUUGCUUACAACCGAGGAGAUCUUGCCGCCUAUGAUGUUCUUUCAGAUAACAUAGCGUCGAACAAGCUCUUAAACGAAAAUUCGGAUAGUCUUCGACAGAAAAUUUACCUGGCAGCCUUGACGGAAGCCGUCUUUCGCAGACCACCCCAUGACCGGACCAUGACCUUUGCAACCAUUUCCCAGGAGACCAAGGUUCAGCCGCAGGAAAUUGAGCAUCUGGUGAUGAAGGCUUUGAGCCUGGGCCUCCUUCGCGGAACAAUAGAUCAAGUAGGCCAGAUUGCGCACAUUACCUGGGUGCAGCCGAAGGUGCUUGAUAUGAAGCAGAUCGAGAGCAUGCGCCAACGAUUACUCGAGUGGGACUCGAAUGUCAAUCAGUUAGGAAACUGGAUUGAAGCUGCUGGCCAUGAUGUCUGGGCCGCCUAAGCGUAGCCAAAGCAUGAGCAUAGAGAAGAGUCACUGAGGUUCGUAGCUGCUAUCGGAGAGGUUAUAUAUUACCUAUACCAUGAAUGCACACUUAAAACUACUUGGGCUCUUAAUGAACUUGCUGCGCUUUCAUUAUUAUUAUUAUUGAUAUGUCUAAUCGCAAUUUCGAAACAAGAGAUUUACGAUAAUUUAACAAAAGAAUUUGGCAUAAGUUCCCAAUAGCUACGCGUGAAAUCAUAUCCCGUAUGAUUCCAUUAUGCCUUGGAGAUGGGACUAAGGGUAUUCGUCAUACCAACCAGCCAGGCCGGCCACCACAUACACCAGAUGACAAUUGGCGUAUACAUCCCCCACACAUUCCAACCCAAACUCGCUGCUUUCAGGACUUCCGUCAGAGUAACGCCACUGGUCCACGCUGUCGUUAAUAUAACAAUUGGUGGCGAGGUUAUUAUCAACAACAUUGCAAAAAUGCCUCUGGUAGCUACGCUAUUGGUUGGCCGAAUGAAGGUGAGAGGGCUUGCUAAAAGCCCGACCAGGAAGGCGAGAGAGAAAUUGAGUGUGCUGAGGGUAGCAAGGGAUACACCUAGAAUCAACAGCGAGAAGGAUUUGGUAAGCUGAAAGUAUUGCAGAGUUGACUUUUGAAGUGAGGCAGCAGCGAAAGAGAAGAUAGCUGGAAGGACAGUAGAUGCGACGGAAAAUAUCAAGAAUGCCAAUGGCAGGGUAUUGAGGCCAAGAUGGUUGAACACAAAUAAAGGAAUGGCAGAGAUGGAAUGGCAUAUCGCAACGAAAGUAAGAGGUGAGAGAAGGUUCCGUUCUACUGCAAGAGGAUUCCAGGAGGCUUGCGCGGCAUCACCUUUGUGCUCCAUCCCAUCAUUUUUUUCCUUGGCCGAGUCUACAUCCUUGACCGUAGGUUGUCCGCUUUUCACCCAGAGGAAGAUGGCCAUGAUGGUAAAGUUGGCAGCCAGCAGCAUGGCGCUGGGGAGAUAUGUGCCAAUGCUAACGAAGCGAUUCUUUUGCAUGAGAAGGUAGAAAAAGAAGCUCUGGUGCAAAUGCUCCAAAAGGUUGUUGAGACUUCGAAAGGAUCCCUCAACAACUCUACCCAUCGCCAUCUCAUCGUGCCAUCCUUCACCGGUAGGCUGCAAAGUUAUGGCGUCCACAUGGUAUGGAAUAAAGCUGCUGUGGGGGCCGGUGGGAUAUCCAAGGCCCUGAUACAGCAUACCGCGGAGCAUCGUUUGAAGUCGAUCCUGAUAGCUAUCGGUAUGGCCAGUCAUCUGCUGUACGGUGGUUUCAAUACCCAUCUGGCCUCCCGCAAUAUUGACAAUUGAAUUAAUGAGAUCGAGGUUAGGCAGCUGCCCAUUCGUGCCAUCGUAAAUAAUAUGAAGCUCAUGGUAGCGCUGCUCAUGGGGGUAAUCGAUCGCGAUAGCUCCCUGUAGUGCACCGGAUUUGAGCGGCAAUGGUGAAACGUGUUUGGAAUCAUGAGCGUCGUGAUAUGCGUCAACCCAGGCCUGUGUUCCAGUUGUGCUAUCUGGAGGUAAAAGGAGUAUAAUGUCCUUCGACCAUAAAGACCAGCGUUUAAAAUAGCGAGCUAACGUGAGCACCAGCGCGAUGCCAUUACGGUUAAGCUGCUCAUCUAUGCUCUUCCAUGCAGCGACCAGUACAAUAGCUUCUGUUGCGUCACCGCGGGGGGCUUGCAGAAUACCAUACACAUUCUCCCCAGUAUAUUUCUGUCCGGCCGAGUGGUAGGUGUAGUUCUGUCGGCCAACCUUGACGCCAAAGCCUGUCAGGAUCGAUUCUAGCUUAUCGUUGACUUCAUAAUUAUUCUUGUCGGCAAGCAAAUCUACCUCGUGCCUAAAGGCCCGGAAUAUAUGCUGCUCGCUACCUCCAAAAUAAGUAUGCACUUGUCCAGGCAAGAGAGCAUUCUCUGAUACGUAAGUUCGUCUCGAAUAGUCGUCCAGAGGUAGAAGAAGCAGCCAAACAACGCCAAUGGCAAUACAGAAAGCGGACACGUAUGGAGGAAUUCUUAGCAGUCGAGGGUCGCGACGCAAUGACAGCGCUGUGGAAAGCAGUCGCGGCAUAUCAGCUGUUAAUCAUGAAAGAGACAUAAAUGUACCAACAGUGGCUCAAUCCAAAUUAGAUGGGCAAAAACAAGCAGCAGGUUCCCGGGGAAGCUGAUUUCAU